UUUUUAGAAAAUGACGCCUAUCAGUUAUUUUCUUUUCAAGUUGUAUUCAAGGAUGUUUGCCAUGGUGUCUCGGUUGACGUUCAUUACAAGCGGGACAAGACCCUGCGAGUCAGACGAGAACGUAGAAUACGAGGCCCAUAACGUUCAGGUGACCACCUGGAUGACAAUGAGACAUGACAGCGUCCUCUACUUGGCCGUAACGUGCAUGUGCAUUAGCACCACCAAUCCAUCCGUGAAGCUGUAACCUGUCCGCGUCCACCUACCGGAACUGCACACGGCCCGACUCUAGUACUGGUGCAGACUGAACCUUGAUCAACGUGGCCAGAGUACUUACACUUGGACAAUGGCGGUGUGAUGUAGGCACUGGAUAUUGGUAUGUGAACCUGCUCGAGGACGGAGUAGCCGACAUCUUCAACCCGUCAAUGAUGUUUGCAUUCGACAUGGAUACCAAAAUUAAACAACCAACUAGGGAUUAUUCAUCCUUCAUAAAAAAUGUAACAAGUAAAAAACCAAUUCCAGUAUCAUCAAUUAAUUUAAGCAAAUUUAAUCCAAGGUGGAUGCUUAUGGGAUCUGUUGGAUAUAUUGGAUAUAGAUAUUUACUUAACGGAAGUAACAUAGUUUAUUGUCAACAUAUAGAGCCAGAAUCAACAUCUGACAACCAUUUUGAUUGGAAUAAGUUGUUGUCUUAUUUGUCACCAGAUUUACUUAGCUUAAUAGCUGCUAUUGCUACUGCGUUCAUUGUUGCUCUCUGCAAUUUAAGUAUUCCAAUAAAUUUACAACAUGUUAUAAAUACUAUACUUCAGUUUGCUAGAGAUGAAGUACCAUUUGAUUUUAAAAAACUUAGUGAUCCAUUAUCCAAACUGUUAGCACUUUACAUAAUGCAGGGCCUAUCAACAUUUAUAUGUAUAAGCAUGCUGUCAAAAGUUGGAGAAAAUGUUGCUAUACGUAUGAAAUAUAAUCUUUUUUUAUCUAUACUUCAACAAGAGCURGAAUUUUUUGAUAAAACUCGUACUGGAGAUAUUUUACAAAGGUAAAUACACAACUCAAUUAAAAAAUAAC